CCCGUGUCUCGCUACGCCCCUGGACCAGGUCGGCAGGUGUUUCUGUUUUUCUUUGUUGUGCUUUAAUUCCCACAGAGAUCGUCUCUGUAAGGCUGAAGAUGUUGCUUUUAAAGAAACCGCGAACGGGACGCAAAGAUGCGGGAGGACGGGAAGCUUUGACCCGAAAUCCUGCGGGUUGGUGUUGAGGUCGGGAUUCCUCUGCAGCAGCAUCAUCAUCAUCUUCCUCUCGCUUGCAUGAGUUCACCCCGCUGACCGCAUCCAAGGUCCUCCUGCUCCCCGCGUCCUGCUGCGUGGGAUCCUGCUGCGUGAGAUCCUGCUGCGUGGGACCCACAUUAUUAUGUUGAUUAGAAACAUCCGUGUUUCUUUAAAAACCAUUCCAGAAAGUGCAUUUUAUGACUGAAGCCGGAAUGAAACGGCGCCAGUCCGGAUAAUCCCUUUAUUUCCAGCAGGUUCUUCUGUUCCAGACGACUUCCUGGUCCAACACACCUGAGCAACAUCCUUCGUCCUGCUGAUGACAUCAUCAUUUAACUCAGUCUGACUCCGGGUCUGGGAGGAGCCGAUGGCCGCUGGCAUGCCGCUGUCGUUUUGUGGCGACAAGGCUCCCAGUGCAUACGGCAUCAACGAUGGAGUGCUCAACAAUGGCUGCUUCGUGGACGCCCUCAACCUGGUUCCUCACGUCUUCCUGCUCUUCAUCACCUUCCCCAUCCUCUUCAUUGGUUGGGGCAGCCAGAGCUCCAAGGUUCAGAUUCAUCACAACACGUGGCUUCAUUUCCCCGGACACAACAUGCGGUGGAUCCUCACCUUCCUGCUGCUCUUCGUCCACGUGUGCGAGUUCGCAGAGGGCAUCGUCUCCAACACGACAAUGACCUCCAACCAUCUCCAUCUCUUCAUGCCUGCCUUCAUGGGUUUCAUUGCUGCAACAACAUCAGUUGUUUACUACCACAACAUCGAGACGUCCAACUUUCCCAAACUGCUGCUGGUCCUCUUCAUCUACUGGGUGUUGGCCUUCAUAACCAAGUUCAUCAAGCUGUGGAAGUUUGCGGAGUUUGGCAUCCGGUUCAAGUACCUGCGGUUCUGCAUCACGGCCCUGUUGGUGAUGCUUUAUGGACUGCUGAUGGCCGUGGAGAUCAACGUCAUCCGAGUCCGGAAAUACGUUUUCUUCACCAACCCCCAGAAGGUGAAACCGCCGGAGGAUCUACAGGAUUUAGGCGUCCGCUUCCUGCAGCCGUUCGUCAACCUGCUCUCUAAGGCGACGUAUUGGUGGAUGAACCCCCUCAUCAUUGGCGCCCAUAAGAGGCCGAUAGAGCUGAAGAAGAUCGGGAAGCUGCCCAUCGCUAUGAGAGCGCUGACCAACUACCUGAGGCUGAAAGACGCCUACGAGGAUCAGAGGACGGGCGAAGAUCCGGACCGACCGCCGUCCAUCUGGCGCUCCAUGUACCGAGCCUUCGGCCGGCCGAUCCUGCUCAGCAGCACCUUCCGGUACCUGGCCGACCUGCUGGGGUUCGCCGGGCCGCUCUGCAUCUACGGCAUCGUUCGCAACCUGGAUGACGACAACAACGACACGUCGGCAAACAAGAACAUGGAAAACUAUUUCCGCGUUUACUUCAUGUACACCACCGAGCUUCUGGAGAACAGCUCCGUCUUGGCCGUUCUCCUCUUCCUGGCUUUAGUCCUGCAGAGAACCUUCCUGCAGGCGUCCUACUACGUCACCAUCGAGACGGGCAUCAACCUGAGGGGCGCCCUGCUGGCGAUGAUCUACAACAAAAUCCUGCGACUGUCCACCUCCAACAUGUCGAUGGGGGAGAUGACUCUGGGGCAGAUAAACAACCUGGUUGCCAUCGAAACCAACCAGCUGAUGUGGUUCCUCUUCCUCUGCCCAAACCUCUGGGCCAUGCCUGUACAGAUUGUGAUGGGAGUGAUUCUGCUCUACAACUUCCUGAGCUGGAGCGCCCUGGUUGGAGCGUCGGUUAUAGUUCUGCUGGCGCCGGUUCAGUACCUCAUCGCCACAAAGUUGGCAGAAACACAGAAAAGUGCUCUGGAACACUCCACAGACCGUCUGAAACAGACCACAGAGAUCCUGAAGGGCAUAAAGCUGCUGAAGCUCUACGCCUGGGAGGAUAUCUUCUGCGACAGCGUGGAGCAAACCAGAGGCAAAGAACUCACCAGCCUCAGGACGUUUGCUUUCUACACCUCCAUGUCCAUUUUCAUGAAUGCUGCUAUUCCCAUUGCUGCUGUUCUUGCUACGUUUGGGGUUCAUCACUUCCUGACCAGCAGCAUUCCCAGUCCUUCUCAAGCCUUUGCAGCGCUGGCGCUGUUCCACAUCCUGGUGACGCCGCUCUUCCUGCUCUCCACUGUGGUCCGGUUUGCGGUGAAAGCUCUGGUCAGUGUCCAGAAGCUUGGUGAGUUUCUCCAGAGCGAUGAAAUCGGGGACGACAGCUGGAGAAAUGGAGAUAUAUCAGUUCCCCUGGACGUAGGGAAGAAACACCUGGGGAUGACCAAAGCCAUCAACAGGAAGCAGCCGAUGCGCUACCAGAUGGACAACUACGAGCAGCCGAGCCGGCGGGCGAUGAGACCCACCGAGACGGAGGAUGUGGCCGUAAAGGUGAGCAACGGCUCCUUCACCUGGGGAAACAACCAGCUGACCCUGUCAGACAUCAACAUACGCAUCCCCACAGGUCAGUUAACGAUGAUCGUGGGUCAGGUGGGAUGUGGGAAAUCCUCCCUGCUGCUGGCCAUGCUCGGUGAGAUGCAAGCAAUCGAUGGAAGAGUUUACUGGAGCAAGCUGCCUGAUUGUGAGUUGGACCACGAAGGGAGUAUCAGUUGGUCAGAGACGGAGGACUCUGAGGAGGAAAUCAGGAGCAAGAACAGGAACUCUGUGGCCUACGCUGCCCAGAAGUCUUGGCUGCUUAACGCUACGGUGGAGGACAACAUCACCUUCGGCAGUCCCUUCAACAAGCAACGGUACAAAGCUGUGAUCGACGCCUGCUCCCUUCAGCCGGACAUCGACCUGCUGCCCUUUGGAGAUCAGACCGAGAUUGGGGAGAGGGGGAUCAACCUGAGUGGGGGUCAGAGGCAGAGGAUCUGUGUGGCCAGAGCUUUGUACCAAAACACCAACAUUGUCUUUUUGGACGACCCGUUUUCAGCGCUGGACAUCCACCUGAGCGACCACCUGAUGCAGGAGGGAAUCCUGAAGUUUCUGCAGGACGAUAAGCGAACCGUGGUCCUCGUCUCCCACAAGCUGCAGUACCUCAUACACGCAGACUGGAUCAUAGCGAUGAAGGACGGUUCGGUCCUCAGAGAGGGAACCCUGAAGGACAUUCAGACUCACGACACGGAGCUUUACGAUCACUGGAAAACUCUGAUGAACAGGCAGGACCAGGAGCUGGAGAAGGAUAUUCAGCAGGACAGUCAGACGACUCUGGAGAGGAAGACGCUGCGCAGAGCGUUCUACUCCAGAGAACCAAAGAACCAGAUGGACGAUGAGGACGAAGAGGAGGAAGAGGAGGAGGAAGACGACGAUAAUUUCUCCACCACAACCAGCAGACGGUCCAAGAUCCCGUGGAAGAUGUGCGGCUGCUACCUCUCCUCUGGAGGCUUCUUCAUGGUCUUCCUCAUGAUUUCCUCCAAGCUGCUGAAGCACUCAGUCAUCGUUGCCAUUGACUACUGCCUGGCUCUCUGGACUUCCACCAAUCAGACGGCAGAAAACCUUCAGAACGGGACCGCAGCCAAUCAGGCGGCAGCAUUCCUGCAGAAUGGGACCGCAGCCAAUCAGACGGCAGCAUUCCUGCAGAAUGGGACCGCAGCCAAUCAGACGGCAGCAUUCCUGCAGAACGGCUCCAUAAACUUCACUGAUAUUUCUCCUCAACCCGAGCAGGACGUGUACUACCUGCACGUGUUUUUCGUCCUCUGCGCGGCAGGGAUCACCUUGUGCCUCAUCACUUCCCUCUCUGUGGAGUUUCUGGGUCUUUCUGCUGCCACCAACCUGCAUCACAACCUGCUCAACAAGAUCAUCCACGCCCCCAUCAGGUUUUUUGAUGUCACUCCUUUGGGGCAGAUCCUUAACAGGUUUUCUGCUGAUACCAACAUCAUCGACCAGCACAUUCCUCCGACGCUGGAGUCUUUGACGCGGUCCACCCUGCUGUGCCUGUCCGCCAUCGGGGUCAUAGCCUCCAUCACUCCGGCUUUCCUCGUCGCCUUGGUGCCCCUCGCCGUCGCCUUCUACUUCAUUCAGAAGUAUUUCAGAGUCGCCUCCAAGGACCUGCAGGACCUGGACGACUCCACCCAGCUGCCUCUGCUCUGCCACUUCUCUGAGACCGCCGAAGGCCUCACCACCAUCAGAGCAUUCAGACACGAGGCGAGGUUCAAGCAGCGCAUGCUGGAGCUGACGGACACCAACAACACAGCGUACCUGUUCCUGUCUGCUGCCAACCGCUGGCUGGAGGUCCGAACGGACUACCUGGGCGCGGUGAUCGUCCUGACGGUGGCCGUCGCCUCCAUCUGGUCCGGUCGGCCCGGCGGCGGCCUGGUGGGGCUCGGCCUGACCUACGCCCUCACGAUCACUAACUACCUGAACUGGGUUGUGAGGAACUUGGCCGACUUGGAGGUCCAGAUGGCAGCGGUGAAGAAGGUCAACAGCUUCCUCGGCACCGAGUCCGAGAACUACGAGGGAUCGAUGGACGCCUCUCAGGUCCCUGAGAACUGGCCUCAUGAUGGUGAGAUAAAGAUCCACGACCUGUGUGUUCGCUACGACCCAAUGCUCAAGCCCGUGCUGAAGCACGUCAACGCCUACAUCAAGCCGGGCCAGAAGGUGGGAAUCUGCGGCCGCACCGGCAGCGGGAAGUCGUCUCUGUCUCUCGCCUUUUUCAACAUGGUGGAUAUUUUUGAAGGGCGCAUCGUCAUCGACGGGAUCGACAUCUGCAAGCUUCCCCUGCAGACGCUCCGGUCUCGCCUCUCCAUCAUCCUGCAGGAUCCGGUUCUGUUCAGCGGCUCCAUAAGGUUUAAUCUGGAUCCAGAGUGCAUGUGCACUGACGACCGCCUGUGGGAGGCGCUAGAGAUCGCUCAGCUGAAGAACAUGGUUAAAUCGCUUCCUGGAGGACUCGACGCCGUUGUGACAGAAGGAGGGGAAAACUUCAGCGUCGGGCAGCGGCAGCUCUUCUGUCUGGCCAGAGCCUUCGUCAGGAAGAGCAGCAUCCUCAUCAUGGAUGAAGCCACGGCGUCCAUCGACAUGGCGACGGAAAACAUCCUGCAGAAAGUCGUGAUGACGGCGUUCGCAGACAGAACCGUCGUUACGAUUGCGCACCGAGUCCACACCAUCCUAACCGCUGAUCUCGUCAUUGUGAUGAAGCGAGGAAACAUCUUGGAGUGCGACACACCAGGCACUUUGCUGGAGCAGGAAGACGGGAUGUUCGCUUCCUUUGUCAAAGCCGACAUGUAGACUCCAAAAACCAACGGAUCGAUUUGAAUUUCGACUCGAUUUUCAGUUCAAACUCAUUUUUACAAGGAUGACACACAGAAACAUCACGUCUAAACCGACGAUACAGCAGGAAGCUGUGGACAAGUUGAAACAGUCGUGUUAAUCCCGUUAAUCUCAUCUUGGACCACCGUCACGCACACAGUCUGUAGGAAAAGUCUCCCAUUAAACACAGACAUCUCCUUACUUCUGUUAGUUUUAUAAAUUAUCUCUAAAGGUUUUGAACAUCAAAGGGGUUUUUAGUAAAACCUCAAUUAUAAGGUGUUUGUUAGUAAUUAAAUCCACUAGAUUAAAUAGAGGUAGAAUAAAUUCAAACCACCAAUUACUGUAGCAUCUAAAUAAGUUGGCCUAAAUUUUAGUUGUGCUUUUUCUACAAAAAAAUAAUACUUUGCUCUUCUAAUGCUAAGCAGCUACACCAGCAGGGCUUUUGGUGCUUAAGCGCUAAGUUUAACGAUGAUGAUCCUCACCGUGUGUCAAUAACAUGAGCUGCAUCAUAGAACGUUGCCCUCAACUGCAUCAAAUUUGUCAUCACACACUUCGAUUUUCGCUACAGGAAAAGAUUUGAAACAAACCUCAAUCAUGGUUUCAGUUUGAUAGGUGCUUUGCUAACUCUGCAGGCUAAAGAGUUUCCCCCCACUUCAAAGUCGUUAGCCAAACAGUCAACAAUCAAAACUUUACUCACAUGUCAAACUUUAUUUUAAUUAGCUCCAUGAUUAACCAGAGUGUCCCAAUCGGUGUUGACAGCCUUCUGCAACUUAGUUUUGUCCAUAUUUCUCUAUGAACUCUCCUUCCUGGUUUCACGACCAAUAAAAAUGGCUCCAAAUAUCUCCAAGAUUAAGCCUGACGUGGUUAAUUCAAUUUAUUUUGUUUUAUUUCUUCUUUUCAGCAGAUUCUACAAAAAACAAGGGCUGGAUUUCUUCAGUUAAAAUCCAAGAUUUAGCAUCUGUUAACUGCAAACACACUCAGGAAGGCAUGCGUUAAUCUGCCACAUUAAAUAGUCCCAGAUGGGUUCAGUGUUUCUUUUAAGGUUUUAAAACCUGUUAUCACUGGUUUUUGUGCCUCUUGGGAUUUUAAAACCUUUUGUGAAAUUGUCCCUGAUUUUGGUGAUCCCGGACGAGCCCCCAGUUGUUUUGCCUCUCUUUGUCUAGCUGAGUUUGUACAGGCGCUGUGCUUUUAGGACCUUUUGUGAUUUAAUUUUUUAAAAACUGUUUAACUUUUACACUUUUAUCAUUUUAACACAGAUGCUAUGCAACAAUAAUGCAGAAGGUUUGAACGUUGGCUGGUGUUUGGUGCUUCAUGCAGUUUUUCUCACUGUGAAGGAAGUUUUUUUAUUAUUAUUAUUUUACUCUUAUGUUUAUUGUAAGGUUCUAACACAGAAAUACGACUGAACUGGUUCCUCAUGAUUAUUUUGGUCUGUACCAGUUUUUGAAAUGGGCAGCUGUCCAGGGUGGCAAGAAGGGGAGGACAUAAUGUAUAAGAAAAUUAGAGUUGGUAUUUUACAUGUUAACUUUGAUUUAUUAAUUACAAAAAACGGGUUAAAAUUUUAACACCAAUAAUUUGUAUUUGUUGUUUUUUUUUCUUUUUUCAAUGAUUCCUGAAACCGGAACCUUUGAAUUUUCAUGUUUCUGGUACGGCUUUAAAUCUAACACACAGUAAUAGUCAACAAAGUCGCUUCUCUCAGCCCACUGAGGGUUAAUUUUUGCUUCUAAAAUGAUCUGAUUGGAAAGACUAUUGCUGUGCUAACAUGAGUUAGCCAAUCAGCGAAGCUACUCAAGCCCGAUGCUAAUGCUAAUUGUGUUGGUAAUGCUAAUGUUAGCGUCCACAGUCCUCAUUUCUAAAGAGGCUCCAUGAACUGAUGAAAAGCGAUAAAUAUCUUUAUCAGUGAGCUCAGUUAAUUCAAUAUUAUAUUUUGCCAACAAAGUUUUUAAUUGAAAUGAUUAUUUUAAUGUGUUAGUUUUUAUCAAUUACAAUUCAUUGAUUACAGACCCUGAAAUUAACUCCAUUAAAAACCUCAAUGUAUCUAAAAUAAUAUAACUUAAAUAUUUGAAGUUUCAUAAUUUGCUUUUGUAACUUUUUAAAAGUUAAAGCUCUGAUUUGUUUAUUUUAGUCUGUUGAUCCUGCAGCAUGUUGCCGCUCAGUCGGUUGUAUUUCUGUGCAGACUUUAGUGCGAACACUGUAAGGCGCCGCGGCUCCGCCUGCAGCCGCUGACCUGCUGUCUGUCUGCAGUCGUGCUUUGCUGAACGUUUUUGCUUCUUUUUAGGGACAACAGCUUCUGGUACCUGGAGGUGAUUUCCUGUAAAGUCUGAUUAAAACUGUUUCUAAUAUGAUUUUUAAAAUUAGUUUAGGUUCAUUUAGAUAUGAAGUUAAAGUUUCUGGUAGAGAGCUUUUAUGAAUAAUGACCGGUUAAAUUUUUAUCAAGAUUUUACUGGAAAGUUUUUUUGUGAUUUAAAGAGACAUUUUGUUGCAUCUUUUGUUCUAACAACUAAAAACUUUCUAAUGGCCAAUUUAACAUCAGUUUAAUCAGCUGCCAGCAUUUUAUACAUUAAAAAAACAAGAUCAUAUUUCUGAAAGAAAUUUACAUUGUGUUUAUAUUCCUAUUUGUUAAUAAUUUUGUUUUGAUAAUCUGUUUAUUACUGGCCUUUUAUUUAUUAUUAUAUCUGCAGAGCAUUAAUUACUGCUAAAACAUUUUAUAACUUUUUGUAUUUACCAAAAAGACAUGAAAACAUUUAUUUAUGUUCUUUUAUAAUAUUUGAAAUAUAAAUUAUUGCUAUUUUCUUUAACAAAAUUAAAAUAGACAUAUUUCACCCAUUUAUAUUCAGAACUAUUAAAAAAUUAUAAUUAUGGCCUUUACUGUAAUUACUUUUAUGCUAUUUUAUAAUAAUCAACAUUUUUCACCUCUCUGGGAACGUUGCUGUUGUCUCUGUUUUCUGGUUAAUAGGGUAAACAGUUUGUAUAUGAUUUAUAUUAUUUUUAUGAUUUUUAUGGCUUCUCUUCUGUCAGGAGAAAACACCAAGUUUAUUAGAUUUUGUUUAUUUCAGUUUUUUCUGAUGUUUCAUCUCAAGACGUUUCUGCUUCAGUUAAACAUCACCAGGUUUGUUUUUUCACUCACUGAUGUUAAAACCUUCAACUUCAACCUUUCCUCUUCAGUUCUGAACGUUGUUUUGUUUUUUAUCCAUGCAGCUGAGAUCAGAUUGUUUGCAUAUUUACUCUUCUGCAUUCGUCUCUGCUGGACUCCAACACAACAAACUGUCGGUGAAAAACGGCAGCAAUGAAAACAAACAAGAUGAAACAGAUUAAUGACUUCAUUUAAAAAAAAGUGACAUCAGCAGCUUUAUGCACAAAGUCUCACUUGUUCUGAAUUCACUCGACUGUUAAUGCCGAUAAUGCAUUUUUAUAUGAUUUUUAUAAGCAUGUGUCAGUUUUGAUUGCACAUCUAAGGGUUUUAGUAAAAUAAAACAAUAAUUCAUUC